AUGGGGAGAACAACAUGGCAACAAGUCGCAUAACAAAAGGAAGUGAGGGAGACACGCAGUAAAUUUUGGCGUUUUAUUUAAUUUGUAAACUUGCAAAGAAAUACGUUCCUCUUUUCUGUAUUUUCCCUCAGAAGAAGAGUUUAAACCGUCACGACGAAGAUGGAGUAAUACAGGGAAGAGCUUGGUCUGAAUCCACACAAGUUGUUCAGCCCUUCCCGGGGCCCUUUAGGGCCCAGGAAGAGGAUGCAUCGUGGUGGGGAUAAGGAUUUCCAGAUAUCGGCACGAAAGAUGGGCACAUCCUUGCUUUUCCAGCUGUCAGCUCAUGAGAGAGAGCUGGACUUGGUUUUUCUCGACCACAGCUAUGCCAAGCCAUGGAAUGCUCACCCAGAUGCCAGCAGCGCCCGGCCCACAAGGACACUGUUUGUUACCCCCCGUCGCCAGCCUGAAGCCUUGUCAGACUCUGAUUCUGUAAUUGAUGUGGAAACGGUCACGUCAACACCUAUUCCUCUGUAUGAUAACCAGAAAGCUCUUAGUGUGAUGAAGGAGUGUGAGCGACAUGUCCUGUUUGCUCGCACUGUUGCUGAGAGCCCUCCUCCCCCCGAUGACUGGGAAGAACAUUUAAACAAGACUGGAUGGUCAGUGGCUCAGAACAAACUGUUUAAUAAAGUCCUUAAAGCUCUACAAGCUGAAAGACUUGCCCGUUUAGCCAACGAAAAUGCUUCCAAUGAGCCAAUUUUGCGGAGGAUAGCCGUAGACAAGUGUGCCAGGAAGGUGCGGCAUGCAUUAGCCAGUGUAAACUGGGACACCAAGCUGACGCAGUGGUUACACACCACCAUGAUUGAAUCCUUAAGUCUUGCCAUGCUUGCUGCUUACCUGGAUGUGCUGCAGACACUCAAAAGCAAGUUGCCCUCGCUGAUUGACAGAAUGCUGUUGCCGGCGGCAAAGACUGGAGCUCCGAGUGCAGAGGCUCUGUCACUCCUGCUUAAACGGCCAUGGGACCCAGCUGUUGGAGUUCUGUCUCAAAACAAACCGAGCAAACUUCCUGGAUCCCCUCUCAUCCUAAUUGCACCAUCAAGCCCAACCAAUCCUGCCCUCUCUACCUCACGGCGGAUGAGAUUCUGGCAGUCGCAGCUCUCCUGUUUAGGAAAGGUCAUCCCAGUGCACACUCAUGUUAACAGCGGUGCCAAUAUUGGCAUUACCCAGUGUCUAGAGCACAUGUUGGGUACUGUCAGGGCCAAGGUCAUGGAGGUUCACAGUCACUUCCCCCAUAAACCUAUUAUCCUGGUGGGCUGGAGUGCUGGUGCUCUCAUCGCUUGUCAUGUAUCCCUCAUGGAGUAUCUGACUGCUGUGGUGUGUCUUGGCUUCCCCCUGUUAACAGUCAAUGGGCCAAGAGGGGAUGUGGACGACCCGCUGUUGGACAUGAAGACCCCAGUGUUAUUUGUGGUCGGCCAGAACGCUCUGCAGUGUAGUAUAGAAGGCAUGGAGGAGUUCAGAGAGAAGCUGAGGGCAGACAACAGCAUGGUGGUGGUGGGAGGAGCUGACGACAACCUCAGAAUCAAUUCAGCAAAGAUGAAAUCGGAGGGACUGACACAGACCAUGGUGGACCGCUGCGUUCAGGAUGAGAUCGCUGACUUCUUGUCAGGUGUCCUCACAAGGGCAGAGGGCCACAGUCAUGGUUCAGGGGAGAUGAGGGACCUGGACACAGAGAAGAAGAAAAGGACUCGACGGGAACUUCCCUUUGACAUGGAGAGAGGACGACCCUCCUCCCCUGCGCUAAGAGUUCCCAUCUCACCAUCGGGUUCAGAGGAUCUGUCUAGUGUCUGUAGCAGUCCCACCUCAAGUCCCAAACCCAAGACUUCUGGUCUGUCUCCGGCACAGAAGUCCAGUCUGAUCACAGCCACACAGCUCCUAAAGACACACAUGCAGCGCUCUGGCACAGUGCUCACUCACAAGCAGGCUCAAGCUCAGUUUGCUGCUUUUAUGAAACAAAACAUGCUUGUGAGGAAAAAUCUUCCUCCUGGCACCCCUCCUUGUAUUUUUGUGCCAGUGACCAGUGAUCAGAUGGAGGGCCUUGACAGAGAUGAACUGAGGUCCCAUGGGAAGAGGCGGCAGACUCCUAGUCCUACGCCAAGCAAGGCCUCCAAGAGAGCCAAGAUCAAGGUGACCAUUGUUUCCCAGAAUGAGUCAGCAGGGGGCGCCAUCAACCCUGCUGGACAGGAAGUGGGUGUCUCUGGGAAGCCCUUAACAGUGACGGUGGGACAGACUGUGGCUGGAGCCAAGGAGCUCUCUGGACUUCUUACAGGCCAGCGGUCUGGUAGUCUCUCAGAGGUGUCUGGUGCCCUGUCCCCAGGCUCCAGCUCAUUCAGCAGCGUGCAGCCUUGCAUGGUGUCAGGGUCCUCCACACCAGUCCAGGCGCAAGCUCCGGCUACUGCCCAAGCACCUUCCGCCAGCAGUCUGCUUCAAGGCCUAAGUUUCAGUCUUCAGGAGAUCAUCACCAAAGCUCCUAGCUUGCCCUCCACAGCCGCCAACACAGGCAGCACCCAGGCGGUUUGUGGGAAGCCCCAGGGUCAGGUCCUGAGCUCCGUCGGUACCAGCAGCAGUACUCUGCUCCGGGCGGUGCCUGUGGUCACCACAGGAGGAGUGGCUAAAACCACCGCCAUCCACCAGCUCCUCACCAAUGGCGGGCUGGCCAAACUUGCCAGCAGCUUGCCGGGCUUGGCGCACAUCACAAAUCAGACCGCUGUAGGGCAGAAAGCCCCCACUUCUAUAACGGUGACACUUCGAGGAGGGCAGCCGAGUAGAGUGGGAUCUGUCAGCCAAGUUGGUGAGGUUGUGACGCCGGCUCGUACCCAUGAGCCCAAGCAGUGAAAAUCUCAGCUCACAGUUUCCAUGUGAUGAUACACCUGAUGUAAGCUGGUGUUGUGCCAGAGGCAUCUGGGAGCCAAAGCCUGCUGAUCAGACUGUACCCUCCCUGUAAUGAUGUAUACACCACCCCACAGCGCACAGAACACCUGCCUCACAUCCUCCAGAGGGCUCCCCAGUCGAGAUGGUUGGAAAUGGCCAGGCAUUUGCUGCCAGUUGUGGCUAAGCCGCUACGGUGCUUAACCUCUGUGUACAGAUGGGUGGACCUCGUGCUACAGUCUGUGCUCUCUUCCUACACCUUUAACUUCAAUGGAGCAAGUUCAGACAGCCAGAUAUACAGCAUGACCAUAUAUUAUCCUCUAGGAAAGAUCAUGUAAGGAUAAACUGCAACCUCCCCAGACUGUGACAAUACCACUGUAAAAGGACAGAUGUUUAACUCUUGGUGCUGACCAAACACAGUACAUCACAAUUAUAAAAAGACAGAAAUCUUUAGGUUUUUUUUUUUUUGAGUGUACAUUAAAUUUAAAUCCCUUUGUCAUCCUGCUAUAAUAUCUCUUAUUUAUCAUAGUCCUAAAUAAGUAUGAUUACCAGGAAUGUCAGCUUGAGUGUAGAGCAUUUUGAUGUCACAGCUGGAUAUUCCUAUGUAUUUCCAUAUUUGUGAGAUUACUACAUUUGAAUAUUAGUCCCUGUUUGGAUAUUAUUUAUCACAAUAAUAAUUAUAUCAUCAUCAUUAGAACAAUUUUUCAUAAUAGACGCUUUUCGUGUAACAGUUUUCUUUCACUAUGACAAAGAACUUCAUGAUACAAUAUGCCUAAAAUGAAGUAGAGUAAGAACUACAUUUCAGAGCUAAUUAAAUGUCAGUGUUGGUCAUAAUCGUGAUCGCAGAAGCUACAGUAUAUCGUCACAGCUGCCCCGUGUUGACUGUGCAGUGCUCAAGUUGAAUAAUAUGUACUAUGCACACAAAAGCUGCAAUACAUGAGCAGUUCAUGUCUGUCAGCAUUUACGAUAAACAAUAUUCGUUAUGUUUCCUCUCUAACCUCAUGUUCCAUAGUCUAACUAUAAGGCAAUAUUCCCCUUCUGCACUGCCAUCACUUCACUGUAUAUGGACUUUUUGUUUGAAAUUACCGCAGUAAAAAAAAAAAAAAAAACAAAAAAAACUGAUUUGCCAGAAGACAACUGUGUUCCCUGUUGCUAAUCUAAAUAUUUGCUUCUGUGUGUUCAACACUUGUAGCAUUGAGCAAGCUGAGAAACUCCUCUUAUUCAGAAUAUAAUGAAGGAGAUUACUCUCAUGCAUGAUCGUUAUACUGAUGUGUUUACAGCAGCAGCAUAAAUACAGCCCCCUCAUCUCAGCAGACAUCCUGUCUUAAAUUCCACACAUAGGCAGCAGUCAGAUAAGAUAAAGAGAGGAGUGUGUCGCUUUCCUCUUACAUAAGCCAAGCUUUGUAUGUAAUAGGCAGGGAAGGGAUAACUGAUGCCAGUCAGACAGGGAACAACAGAGCUGCUGGUAUAACCUCCCAUCAUCAGCACCAGUGCAAUCCAUCUGAGGUCUCUGUCCAUCCAAUCUCAUCUACAGCUCAGUUUUUGUUAUUUUCUUCAGAAAAGAGUUUGAUGUGUGUGAAAUCCAGUGAGAUUGGGAAGAAUAUUUCAGCUUAGUG